GUGCCUGCAAGCAUAUUGGCCAGAGUUGAGCCAACUUCCUGGGCUGGCAGGUUACCAAACACCCCGCCCUACCCUAGUCCGACAGAUUGAGCCGUCCUCACUUCGCUUACUGGCGCUCGGCAGCCUUUCAGGGCCUCCCCUCGACUCGCGGCGCCACCGCUCGUGAGUCGCCAUGGUGUCCCCAGACCCGCCCCCGGGCGGGCAGUUCCUGACCGAGGGCGCCCCCGAGGUGGCCGUGGGCUACUCCGAGGUCGACCUGGACGACGGCGGCGGCAAGGGCAAGGCGUUUGACGUGGAGGGCGGCGCCGCGCUGGGCGGCGACUCCCGUACGCGCACCAUGCGGCGCCGCAUCGACAAGCAGGCCACCAUGCUGCCCGCGGAGGAGCUGGAGACGCAGCGCAAUGGCACGUGGGUGCAGUGCGUGUUCCACAUCAUCACCGCCGUCAUCGGCUCGGGCGUGCUCUACCUGCCCUUCUUCUUCGCCAUCCUGGGCUGGAUCGGCGGCAUCAUCAUGCUCCUGGUCUUUGGAGCCAUUACCUGGUACACCUCCCGCCUGCUGGCUGAUGCCAUGGUGAUCGAUGGCGUGCGGUACCGUACCUACCAAUCUGCGGUGGAGGCGGUGUUUGGGAGGCGGGGUGGAAUCCUGCUGGCCAUCGUGCAGUACCCCAACCUGGUCCUCACUGCCAUCGCAUACAACAUCACCGCCGCCAACAGCAUGAAGUAUUUUGCCUACACCUACUCCUCGUUUGCAAACAGCUCGCUGUGCACGGAGGUAGACCCUACAACGGGCUACUGCAUUGACUGCAAGUACUGGGUGUUCACCAUCAUCUUUGGAGGCUUCCAGCUGUUCAUGAGCCAGAUGCCCAACCUGGACUCCGCCGCCUGGGCCUCCCUCAUCGGCAUGCUCAUGAGCUUCGGCUACUCCUUCCUCUGCCUGGGCAUGUCCAUUUGGCAGCUGGCCACCUAUGGCGCGGCCCCCACGCGUGCCACCGGCUACCCCACCAGCCUCAUCAGCGAUGCCCAGCUGACCUGGGACGUCUUCAACGCCUUUGGCGGCAUCGUGUUUGCCUUCUCCUUCAGCUUCAUCCUGAUCGAGAUCUCCGACACACUGAAGGACGGCGGCAAGGGCCCCGUGUGGCACAUGAAGCGCGGCGUCUGGGUGGGCGUCGUCAUCAUCACCACUUUCUACUUCUUCGUCUCGGUGCUCGGCUACGCCGCCUACGGAUGGGAGGCGCUAUACAAAAACCCGUACGUCAUCUCCUUCUUGUCCCUGUCCAACAACGUCUGGCCCAGCAACAACGCCACCACUAAUGUGUCUCGCGCCGCCAACCUGAUGGUGCUGAUCCACAUGGUGCCAGCCUACCAGGUCUUCUCCCAGCCGGUCUUUGCCGCCGUGGAGCGCCAGCUGCGCCACAAGAACUCCUCCAUCCUGGCCAAGACUGGCCGCGUCGGCUUCCGCAUCGCCUUCCGCUCCCUGUAUGUGGUGGUGGUGUGCUUUGUGGCUAUCGCUCUGCCCUUCUUCUCGGACUUUGUGGGGCUGAUUGGCGCGCUUGGCUUCUGGCCGGCCACCGUGCUGUUCCCGAUUGAGAUGUACCGCAAGAUUCACAAGCCCAGCAUGAAGAUGACCAUCUGGCUGGAGACGCUCAACGUGUUCUGUGCCAUCAUCACGAUCUGCGCUGUCAUGGGCUCGGUUCAGCUUAUCGUCAUGGAUGCCGCUGAUUACACCACACCCUUUGGCUAGUCCCCCAGGGGCAGGCCAGCCGGAGGGAAGCUCCAGCUUGCCUCCCUGCCCGCAUCCCACGGCUCCUUGGGCUGCCAGGCACAUGGUUCCAGCGCCUGCCCGGCUCCACAUGCCCUUUAUUCAACCCAUCCUGUCUUCAAACUCAAUUGCUCUCGCACAAAUGCGGGGCAUGAAACUCCCUUCCUCAUAUGCAUAACCAAAACAUCGUUCCCAUAUCUAUUGACAUGAAUGUCUCGCUGCACAUGCGUGCCGGCGUUGCAGUGCCUCAUUCCGUUCUUCCAUUCGCCAACCCAGACCCUGUGCCACUAAGUCAGUCAACUUUCUCUAGUUGGCUGGUGGCCUCUGGGCAUUUCCCAUCCGCAAUGCAUCUGCACUCAACAAUUCACCGUUGCUGUUGUUUCUGGGGCGCCAACCCUGGCUGUUGGCUCAGUAGACUUAUUGAUGGCUCCCAUCAUGCGUAUUCCUCUCCACCCACCCACUUGAUGCCGGGUGGCGUCCUGUAACUUAUGAACCGUGC